AUGACAACUUCAUGCAAUAAAUCAACGUUGGAAACUCUUCCAGAUGAAAUUCUAUUACAAAUCUGUAAAUAUUUAUCAUGUGCUGAUAUUCUUAUAUCUUUUAUUGGACUUAAUUAUCGAAUAACACAAAUGAUUACUCAAUAUCGACAUCAUAUUUCAUUACAUAAAAUAUCUCUUUUCAGAAGUGAUUAUUUAUGUGAAAAUAUGUUUCCUCAAAUAGGUUCUCAAGUUCGUUCAUUACUCAUUGAUUGUUGUUAUUCGGUGUUACAAGAUGAUUUAUUCAUCAAAUAUUUUGCUAAAAAAAUUUCAAUAACGUUUCCUCAAUUGGAAAGAAUCAGUCUUGUUGCAUAUGAAGACAAUCAAUUAAUUGCUCUUCUUGAUAGUCUACAUGAUUUAAAUCAUUUUGUUGAGAUUCGUUUAUAUUCUCUCUUUGGAAUAUCUCAGGCCAAUCGAUUAAAAGUCGUUCGAUCAUUAUUUCAAGCAAAUAAUCAUCGAGUCACAACAAUAUUAAUGGAUGAGGAGUCAACUUUUUUACGCUUUCAACAAAAUGAUUCUUACUUGAAUAUUAUUCGAUUACGGAUCAAUUUAAGAGCAAGAACAGAUUUAUCAUUUCUCUUUCAUGCCGUUCCAAAUGUUCAAUAUUUAGACGUAAUAAUUGAUGAAAACUAUUAUUCAUCGGAAGCUGCGUUUGGCCAGAACUUACCUCCUCUCCUUCAUCUUACAAAUUUCGAACUGAGAUCCAUUACGCAACCAUGGACACUCGAAGAAUUACUUCUUCUCUUCGCUCAGUUACCAAUAGUAAAAAAUCUAUCACUUUAUCUUUUAACACAUGAUAGACGUCUUGUCGACGGUAACACAAUUCUUGCUUCACUGCCUUCUACUGUUCAACUUUUUCACUACGCUACUUACUUCAUUGAUAAUAUGGAUAUUGAUGAUAUUGAUGAUAUUCUUGUCUCUUGGCCAUCAUCUCAUCCGAUUAUGUGCUUUCAUGAAGAAACAUCAUUAUUUCUUCAUACUCUACCGUGGGGUUUUACUGAUUUUCAUUUUCCGAGUUUAAUAAAUAAGAAGAUAUCAUGUGAAACGGAUCAUUUAAAUGACUAUUAUAGUAGUGUUCAACGACUAAAGCUUCAGAUCGAUACAAACUUUACUUUAACUAAGGCUUUAGGAAUAAUAUCGCAAUUCCAUCAAGUGAAAAGAAUUACCAUUACGAUUACAGAUACUAGCGAAGUGUCGAAAGAAGAACAACGUCCACUACCACAUAUUCCUAGAUUAUCUCGACUUCAUAGAGUGUCCAUUUAUGGAUCAAUACCUUCUGAUUUGAACAAUUCUUCAAUUCUUUUUAACGCUGCACCGAAUCUCGUACGCUUGGAUUUACCUUUUGAAUUCUUAUGGCAGUUAAUCGAAAAUCAACAAAUCCAUCAUGUUCUUAGACAUCAGAUUACUUCACUUUUCAUUCAUGAAAAUACAACAAGUCAAUCAUCAAUAACAUUCAAUGAAAAACACGUACCUACUAUUGCUUCUACAUUUUUUCGAGUUGAUGUUUUAUCUGUCACUUUAACACACUUACGACACAGCCCAAUAGCAGUUCCCAAUGAUAAUAUCGUUGAAAAUUCUACAGAACCAAACUUACCCAUCGAUGAAGAUCAACAAACAAAUGAAGUCGUGUCACCAGAUUCAAUUGAAUCGAUGGUAAUAUGUUUGCUGCAAGAAUUCAAAGAACAUAGAUUGAUUGGCUUUGGUAUUCGUGGAAAUUUCUGUAAAAAAUUACAAACAGACGCAAAACAAUGGUUACAACAGAAUACCAUUCUUUCUGAUCAACGAUUUGAAGCUGUUUUUAAUAAGCAAAUUGAUCAAUUACUCAUUUGGAUGUGA